UUCAAAAUAAUAAUAUUAAAUUCAAUGUGUGGGUCUUAUUUGGAUUCCAAUUCAAGCAAAACAAUGGUAAAAGACAUUUUGGAGACAACUGAGAAAAAGAUAAAUAUAGGCUGAGUAAAAAUUAUAUAACGGAAUUAUUACCACAUUUUCUUUUUAAAAGAUUUAUUUAUUUAUUUGAGAGGCAGGGUUACAGAGAAAAGGAGAGACAGAGAUAAAAGUCUUCCAUUUGCUGGUUCACUCCCCAAAUGGCCACAAUGGCUGAGGCUGGGCAGACCUGAAGUCAGGAGUUUCUUCCAGGUCUCUCACGUGGAUGUAGGGGCCCAAGCACUUGGGCCAUCUUCUGCCUUCCCAGGCCACAGCAGAGAGCUGGGUCAGAAGUGGAGCAGCCCGGACUUGAACUGGUGCCAUAUGGGAUGCCGGUGCCACAGGCGAAAGCUUACUCUACUAUGCCACAGCACCGGCCCCACUAAAUUUCCUUAUUCUGACAUUGGUAUUACAGUUUGAGCCUUUAUCCAUUAGAGAUAUUAGUGGUGUAUUUACGGGUAAAAAUUAUGAUAUCUGGGACUUGCUUUUGCACACUCCAGAUGCAUUCAUGAAUUUCCGAGUCAAAGGAAAAAUUUUUUAAUGAAAAAAUCCAUAGAGACACAUGGUGGCGCUACAGGAUAAGAUUAAAAACAGUCUGCAGGCUUCAUUAUUAUUCAGAGCAGAGAAGAGCCAACCCCCUGAAGAGGGAGGUAUUAAGGAUUGUCACCUGCAGAGCCGCUGGAGGGCUGCACCCUCUCCAGCAGUUUCCUAUCAAGAAAUCAGGCCUUAAUUUACCAAAGUUAGAGCUGAGCCUGAAAUUCUCCACAAAAGAAGCUGUCAGGAGGAACCAUGGAGAGCAGAGGGGCGCUCCCUCCGCGAGGAAGGCAAGUCCUGAUUUUCUUUGUUUGGCUGGGAUUGUGUCAGGCGGGUUCUGAAUCUGUGCGGUAUUCCAUGGCAGAGGAAACAGAAAUUGGUUCUUUUGUGGCUAAUCUGGCAAGGGACUUGGGGGUAGGGGUGGACGAGCUGUCCUCGCGGGAGGCCCGGGUAGUGUCUGAUGAUAAUGAGAACCACUUGCGACUGGAUCCGCUGACCGGCGAUUUGCUCCUUAAUGAGAAACUAGACCGGGAAGAGCUGUGCGGCACCUCUGAGCCCUGUGUGCUGCCUUUUCAGGUGUUAUUAAAAAACCCUUUACAGUUUUUUCGGGCUGAGCUACACAUCAAAGACAUAAAUGAUCACUCUCCCACAUUCCUGGACAAGGAAAUACUUGUGAAAAUAUCAGAAAAUACUGCUAUUGGAACCACAUUUCUAAUGGAGAGUGCUCAAGAUCUGGACAUAGGAACCAAUUGUCUGCAAAACUAUACAAUUAGUCCCAACUCUCAUUUCUACAUUAACAUUCGAGACAGUGGUGAUGGAAAGAUAUACCCAGAGCUGGUCCUACAUAGAGCAUUGGAUCAUGAGGAGGAACCCGAGCUAAAACUGACACUGACAGCAGUAGAUGGUGGGGCCCCGCCCUUGUCUGGGACAACCUUGGUUCUCAUUAAGGUCUUGGACAUCAACGAUAACUCCCCUGAGUUUGCUGAGAACCUCUAUGAGGUACAGGUGCCUGAGGACACAGACGUUGGCUCCCGGAUUAUCACUCUCUCUGCUAAGGAUAUAGAUGCAGGAAGUUUUGGGAAAAUUUCUUACACACUUUUCCAUGCAUCAGAAGAUGUUCGUAAAACCUUUGAAAUCAACCCAGUAACUGGGGAAGUUGGUCUGAAAUCACACCUGGAUUUUGAAGUAAUACAAUCGUACACUAUAACUACUCAGGCAACAGACGGUGGGGGUCUCUCAGGAAAAUGCACUCUUGUGAUUAAGGUACUGGAUGUAAACGACAACCCACCAGAAGUGACCAUUUCAUCAAUCACAAACAGCAUUCCAGAAAACACGCCAGAGACUCUUGUCGCCAUCUUCAGUGUCCGAGAUCCAGACUCUGGAGACAACGGAAGGAUGGUUUGCUCUAUUCAGGAUGACCUCCCCUUCCUUUUGAAGCCCACUUUCAAGAACUUCUACACCCUGGUAACCGAUGGAGCGCUGGACAGGGAGGCCAGGGCCGAGUACAACAUCACCAUCACCGUGUCCGACCUGGGCACGCCCAGGCUGACCACCCGGCACCACGUCGCGGUGCAGGUGUCCGACGUGAACGACAACGCCCCGGCCUUCAGCCAGGCCGCCUACACCCUGCUGGUGCGCGAGAACAACAGCCCCGGGCUGCUCAUCGGCUCCGUGAGCGCCAGCGACAGGGACGCGGGCGCCAACGCGCAGGUGACCUACUCGCUGCUGCCGCCGCCACAGCAGCCCGACGUGGCGGCGCUCGUGUCGGUGCACGCGGACAGCGGGCAGCUGUACGCGCUGCGCGCGCUGGACUACGAGGCCCUGCGCGCCUUCGAGUUCGGCGUGCGCGCCGCCGACCGCGGCUCCCCGGCGCUGAGCAGCGAGGCGCGCGUGCGCGUGCAGCUGCUGGACGCCAACGACCACGCGCCGGCCGUGCUGUACCCGCCGGCCAACGGCUCGGCCGCCUGCCCCGAGCUGGUGCCGCGCGCGGCCGACGCGGGCUACCUGGUGACCAAGGUGGUGGCGGUGGACGGCGACGCGGGCCAGAACGCCUGGCUGUCGUUCGAGCUGCUCAAGGCCACGGAGCCCGGGCUGUUCGGCGUGUGGGCGCACAGCGGCGAGGUGCGCACGGCGCGGCCGCUGAGCGAGCGCGACGCGCCCAGGCAGCGGCUGCUGGUGCUGGUGCGCGACCACGGCGAGCCGCCGCUGUCGGCCAGCGUCACGCUGCACGUGCUGCUGGUGGACGGCUUCUCGCAGCCCUACCUGGCGCUGCCCGAGGCGGCGGCGGCGGCCGAGGCGGCGCGGCCCGACUCGCUCACGGUGCAGCUGGUGGUGGCGCUGGCGGCGGUGUCGUCGCUCUUGGUGCUGAGUGUGCUGGCGCUGGUGGCGGCGCGGCUGUGCGGCGCGGGCGGGGGCGGGGGCGGGGUGGGGGCGGGGUGUGCGGUUGGCGGCGGCGGCGGCGGCGCGGGUGCGGAGGGCCGCUUCCCGGGGCCGCUGCUGGACGUGAGCGGCGGCGGGACGCUGUCGCACAGCUACCAGUACGAGGUGCGCCUGACGGGCGACGCUGGGACCGGGGAGUUCAAGUUCAUGAAAUCCAUUAGCCCCAAUCUUCAAGUCUCUGACGUUGGUAGGAAUAUAGAAGAAAGUGAAAACUUCCGUAAUAGCUUCGGAUUCAACAUUCAAUAAGAUAAUAUUUUUAAACUUCUAAUCUUUUAUUCUCGUAAAACUGCUGAUUUUUUUGUCUAAAUUUUAAUGCAUUUUAUAUCAUCUGGUAGUUGCAUGCAGUAUUUCUUAUGCUGUCUUCAGAGUUUCUUUAGAACUCAUUUAAUAACUGUGCAUCCGUGCUUUCUGGGUUUUUAUUUAGUCAAAAGUGUAUUAAUCAAAUUACUACUGCUUCUUGCUAUGAUAGUGAUAUUGUUGUGCAAGACAAUAUUUUUAAUUAUUUGGAUAUGGAACCUAAAGUAUUAAGACUAAAUGUCAUUAUUAAUUUACUUAUACACACCAUCAAAACAGACAAAUCAGAAAUAAAAAUGUUGAAUGAGUACAAAGAAUAUUGGUUUAUUGCACUGUUUUCUAAAAUUUUUCAUCAUAAAUGUAACAUACUAUCGCCUCUUUUUGAGUUCUGGAGAAAGUUAUUUUUCAAGAAUUCAUGUUGUAGGAAAAUUAAAGUGAUUACAUUGUAAGUGAUCGAUUUCUUAAGUGGUUUUUUCUUUAAGUAUUUUUGUUGUUUUUAAUGCUUGUGAGGAGUAUUACAAUAUUCUGUGCUUUGGUAUUGCUAUAUUGUUUUCUUUAAAUAUUUCAGAUUUACUCAUUUUUAAUAGAUUUAUGUUUUCACUUGAGAGGCAGUUACAGAGAGAGGGAGAGAAAGAAUAUUCACCACCAGCAAGGGCUGGGCCAGGCCCAAGCCAGGAACCUGGAACUCUAUCCAGAUCUGUGUGAGUGUAGGGGCCCAAGCACUUGGGCCAUCUUCUGCUGCUUUCCCAGGAACAUUCACAGGGAACUGGAUCAGAAGUGGAGCAACCUGGACUUGAACCUGUAGCCAUAUGGGAGGCUGGCGCUGCAGGCAAUGGCUUAACUAUGCCAGAAUGCCAGCCACCAGCCGUGUUUACUCAUUUAAAUUUGUAUUUAGAUUUUUCUUUACUAAAACAGAUAAUAGUUCAUGGUCUCAUCCUGAAUAACUUCAUGAAAGAAUAAAGGGCAAAAGCUUCUUAAGAAAUUAAAAUGGGGGGGGGGGCUGAUGCUGUGGUGUAGUGGUCUAAGCCUCCACCUGCGGCGCCAGCAUCCCAUAUAGGCACCAGUUCAAGUCCUGGCUGCUCCUCCUCCUAUCUAGCUCUCUGCUGUGGACUGGGAAAGCAGAAGAUGGGCCAAAUGUUUGGGCCCCUGCACCUGCGUGGGAGACACAGAGGAAGCUGCUGGUUUCUGGCUCCAGAUUGGCCUAACUCCAGCCAUUGUGGCCAUUUGAAGAGAGAAUCAGGAGAUGGUUCUGUCUCUUCAUUUAUAUCUAUAACUCUACCUCUCAAAUAAAUAAAUAAAAAAUCUUUAAAAAUAUGCUCAAAUUAACAUUUAAAAAAGAAAUUAAAAUGAAGGGGUCAGCACCGUGGCAUAGUGGGCCAAGCCUCUGCCAGAGGUGACAGUAUCCCUGCUGCUCCACUUCCCAUCCAGCUCUCUGUUGUGGCCUGGGAAAGCAGUAGAAGAUGGCCCAAGUGCUUGGGUCCCUGCACCUGCAUGGGAGACCCAGAGGAAGCUCCCAGCUUCUGGUUUUGGAUUGGCUCAGCUCCAGCCAUUCUGGGCAUUUGGGGAGUGAACCAGCAGAUGGAAGACUUUUCUCUCUGGCUCUUACCCUCUCUAUCUGUAACUCUACCUCUCAAACAAAUUUUUAAAAAGAAAUUGAAUAUUUAAACUGUUAAAAAGAGUUAAGUUUACGUCAUCAUUAAGAGUAAAUGUGAAACAUCAUUUAUGAUUUCAAAAACCUCUGAAGAAUUGGUCCUCAUUUAUGAUUUAUAGGUACCUCACUAACAAAUAAUGUCUUAAAUCUAUAAGUGGUCAGUUAGAUGGAGGGAAAGUAGAGAUUUUCAUAACUAGAAUACAGUGCAGAUAUGGGGGCAAGUGUGCAUAUAUAUUUCUCUUUUCAAAAGUAUUUAUUUGAAAGAGUGACAGAGAAAGAGUGAGAGAUAGAGAGGGAGAAUCUUCUGUCUACUUGUUCCCUCCCCAAAUGCCUGCAACAGCCAGGGCUAGGCCAGACUGAAGCCAGAAGCCAGGCACUCCAUCCAGGUUUCCAACUUGGGUGGCAGGGACUCAAAUACUUGAGCCAUCAUCUGCUGCCUUCCCAGGUCCAUUAGCAGGAAGCUGGAUUGGAAAAGGAGUAGCCAGAAUUUGAAGCAGACCAUCUGAUAAUGCAUUGCGGGCAUCCCAAGUAGCGGCUUAACCUGCUGUGUCACUCUACCAGCCCCAGAAUAUAGAUUUCUGUAAUUGCUUUCAUAAAAUUAAAUGCUAUAGUAUAGAUGCUAUAAUAGAAUUUGUUUUAUUUUAUUUUAAAGAUUCAUAAAUUGUAAGGCAGAAUGACAGGAGAGACAAAUCUUCCAUUGAUUGGUUCACUCUCCAAAUGUCCUCAAUAACUGGGGCUGGACCAUCCCAAAGCCAAGAGCUAGGAACUCCAUCCAGGUCUCCCAUGUGGGUGGCAAGAACCCAAGUACUAGGGCCAUCAUCCACUCCUCGCAGGUGCAUUAGCAUAAAACUGGUUUGGAAGCACACAAGAAUAGCUCAGAUUGAAAUUGGCACCCCAGUAUGGAAUGGCUUAACCCCCUGUGCUGCAACAUGUGCUUGGUAAAAUGGACUUUUACUUAGCAUUGUGAAAUAGAUAAAACAAAUUCCAGUUUCCUUUUUCCUUAGGAAUCUUUUCUCAUUCUGCCUCUUACAAUCUUUUGAAAGAUUAAUCUGUUUUUUUAUGAUUUAUUUAUUUAUUUUGAAAGUUACAGAGAGAGAGGGAUCUUCCAUCCACUGGUUCCCUCCCCAGGUUGCCAAAACAGCCAGGGCCAGGAGCCAGGAGCAUCAUCUGGGUCUCCCAAAUGGGUGUCAUGGCCCCAAACAUUUGGACCACCUUCUACUGCUUUUCCCAGGCCAUUAGCAGGAAGCUGGACUAGAAGUGGAGCAGCCUAGACUCAAACUGAUGUCAUCUCAGGCAAUGGCUUUACCCCCUACACCACAAUGCUGGCCCCACUUCAUGUGAUUUUAACUGGUUCUGUUUUUUGUUUCAACAAAAAUUUAUUAGUUAUAUGACUUAAAUUGAUAUUUAAAUCAUAAAAUCAUGGAAAGAAGUUAAGCACUCAUUAUCCAUCAGAUUCCUAAGAAGUCAAAACAACCCAUAAAAGCCACUGGUAGGUCCAAUAAGUAAACACUGAAGAAAGAAAUAUUGAAAAAAUAUAAUUAAAAGAUGGAAAAGAUGUGAAAUGGAAAGAAUAAGAGAAUAUAUAUUUACUCACACAUUUACCCAAUUAGAAAUGAAAAGUUAAAAUAGUAAUUGAAACUAUUGUUUCUAGGAAAUAACCUAACGACAAACGCAGAAAAUCUUUGUGGAAAAUGAAUGAUAUCAAUAAAGCAAUAUAAUGAAAUGUCCCAAUAAAUUAAAAAGAUACUGGUCCCUUAACAGAACAAGUCAACAUGAUAAAGAUGUCUAUUCUUCCCAGAAUAAUCUAUAAAUUCAAUGCAUCUCCAAGGAAGUCUAUGACAAGUAGGUGAGGAUUUAGAAAUGCUUCUUAAUACUGACAUGGAAGGAAAAUUUGAUGAAGAACUAAGGUAGUCUUUUUUUAUUAAAAAUAUUUUUCUGUAUGGAUAAUAGAACAUAUUUAAAAAUCUGAAGUAAGGGGCCAGCGCUGGCACAGUGGGUUUAACACCCUGGUCUGAAGCUCUGGCAUCCCAUAUGGGUACUGGUUCUAGUCCCAGCUGCUCCUCUUCCAAUCCAGCUCUCUGCUAUGGCCUGGGAUAGCAGUAGAAGAUGGCCCAAGUCCUUGGGCCCCUGCACCCAUGUAGGAGACCUGGAAGAAGCUCCUGGCUCCUGGCUUCAGAUCGGCGCAGCUCCAGCUGUUGCAGCCAUCUGGGGAGUGCACCAUUGGAUGGAGGACCUCUCUCUCUGCCUCUCCUCUCUCUGUGUGUAACUCUGACUUUCAAAUAAAUAAAUACAUCUUUUUAAAAAUCUGAAGUAAAAAAAUCAAUUUGAGUGAUAUAGCAACAGACUCAUCAGUUACCAGAUAGAAGCAGAUCUGUUUACUGUAGCAUAAGAGUUGGUCUUGAUAGAGGAGUGUCAGAAUUACUGGGCAGGGUUUGGGUGAGGGCAAGAGAAGAGAGAUUGAUUACCUAGCCAAUGUUUUUUGGAAAAUUCGCUCAACAUGGAAACAAAGUUCUUGUAAUAAAAUCCAUAUGUAUUUAAACGGUGAAUUUAAGUAUUAGAAUUGGAAAAAUAAUCUUUGAUAAAAAUAUGACUUUAGUAUUGAUUUGAAUUUCUUAACAAGUCUUUAAAGUAUGAACAAUAAAAAUACAAAUGAGUACAUAUUACUUCCUCAAAACUGAAGGCUAGCACAAACUAGCAGAUGAUGGGGAAAAGUCACAAUAUUUUAACUAAGAAUUAAUAUUUAAAUUAUUCAAAUAACCUUUGAAAAUCAGCAAAACGCCAAAAAGGAGAGGCAGUAAGAUUUUUUUAAGGAAGAAAGAAGGGAUUUUAAAAGGCAAACAGCAAGUCCAAAAAAGAGCUUGAAAUUAUAUUCAGCCCCAUGGUUGGUGAAAUACACUAAAAUCAACACCAAUUUAUAUCCACAACAUUAGCAAAGAUGAAAAAUUUAAAUAAUAUCAAAUGGAUUAAUAGGAAAUCACAGUGCAACCUAUUUAGAGAGUGAUCUAGUAGUAUUUAGUGAAAUUUAAUUUGUAUAUAACCUGUGGUACAUCAAUUUUACUUUGAUUUAACAAGCCAGAAAACUCUUUUACAGCUUUACAAAAUGGGGUAUAUGACUACAUUCAACUUGGAAAAAUAGGAAUGAGAAUCCACUUUCAUAUACAAUAAAGAUCCCCAAAAUAAAAUAUAGAACAUGCUUGUGAAAGAUUAUUAUGCAGUCAUCAAAAGAAAUAAGCUAGAUAUACACCCAGUUACAUGGAUAAAUCCUAAAUGUUUUAUUUAUGUAUUUUAAAAAUAAGCUUAUCUUUUAAUUUCAUUUUUCCUCAAACUUAUAAGAAUGUUUUUUGAAAGAGUAACAGAGAAAGAGAGGGAGAUCAAGAGAGGCAGAGAGAUCUUUAAUCCACUGGUUCACUCACCACAUAACUACAAAGGCUGGGACUGGGCCAGGCAGAAGCCAAGAGCCCAGAACUCCCUCAGGGUCUUCCAUGUGGGUGACAGGGGCCCAGGCACCUGGCCGUCAUCUACUACUUUACCAGGCAGGAAGCUGGAUCAAAAGCAGAGAAGGAGCUGGUGCUGUGACUUAGUGGGUAAAACUGUCUACAGUGCCGGAAUCCCAUAUGGUUGCCGGUUCAAGUCCUGGCUGCUCUACUUCUGAUCCAGCUCUCUGCUGUGGCCUGGGAAAACAGUAGACAAUGGCCCAAGUCCUUUGGCUUCUGCACCCACAUGGGAGACCUGGAAGGAGCUCCUGGCUUCAGAUCGGCACAGCUCCGGCUAUUGAAGCUAUCUGGGGAGUAAACCAGGAGAGGGAAGCUCGCUCGCUCGCUCGCUCGCUCUCUCUGCCUCUCUGCCUUUCCUUCUCUCUGUGUAACCAAUUUUCAAAUAAAUAAAUAAAUCUUUAAAAAAAUACAGAGCAGCCAGAUUUCAAACUGGCAUGCCCAUAUAGGAUGCCAGUGUCACAAGCAGUGGCUUAACCUACUGUGCUGCAACUCCAGCUCCCUAAAAUAUUAAAAACAAACAAACAAACAAAAAAA